CUGACUUUCACGAGCAUCACUCGCUCCUUCCUCAGCAGUGCUUUGAAUAUCACUUAGCCCUCCUCAGCUUCAACGGCAGCACACUACGUCACUCAUUUGUGGCGCCAUUUCGGCUGCCUUUAUAAACAACACCAACGGUCUUUUCCCUCUUUCUCUUCUUUUCUUUUUCUGUUCAUUACCUUGUCUUAAUCAUUCAGCAUAGACCAUCUGAUUCACCUCAAUAUAAACAUCUAAUUCACCUUGACAUACUCAUCUAAUUCACUUCAACAUAGACAUUGAAUUCACCUCAGCACAGACAUUUAAUUAAUUCCAAUACACAUCUAAUCUAUUCUGACAUUCUGAUUCACCAGCUCCAUAAACAGAUGCACAUUCUAAUUCACCAACUUUAUUUUCUACGUCGUAAACAGAAAACGAAUUUUGAUCCACAAACUCUAUUUUCUACGCCACAGACACCGAAUUAUCAAUUGCUCCAAUGACACCCAAGCGUUUGAAUCAGCAACAGCAACGGCCUACAUAUUCUCCUUAUUUCCCUCCACGUCUCCCUUCUUCUUCAUACCGACCACCACCACCGCCCCCUUUCCAUCAUCACACUUCUCUCAAACAGACCAUUGCGCCACCAGGCAUAUCAUCUACAUCAUGGACUGUAUCUCAUGCUAUGGCACCAGUGCUCGCUCCGCCACCAACACUUGAGCAGCUUCAGAAACUUGAGCGCGCCACCACAGCCCCACAGCUCCCGUCUAUAACUGCACGACCUCAAACAAGCACGUCACCAUCUACUGGAUCUACUGAUGCAAGGCCUCCAGCGACCAAGGAGACUGUCGAAACCAUCUCGGCCAUCAUGCUCAACACGCCUCAGUUUUAUUCUAAAGUACUCGAUCUCAUGAGCAGUAUGAAUAUUCCUAUGUCUGGUACUUCAAAGCACACUCAACCAACGGUAAUAGCCGCAGAGACUACGGAGACUACGGAGACUACGGAGACUACGAAGGUUGCAGAGACUACGAAGGUUACGGAGACUACCGAGACUACAGCAACUACAACGACUACAGGGGCCACAGAGACAUCAUCUUCCGAACCAGUGCACAGGCUGAGUAAGAAUCAGAAAAAGGCUCAAAAGGCAAAGGCCCGACGCAAGGCCUCGGAAAUGGUGAAACUGGCUCGAAGCCACUUCAAGUCUGAAGUCGGGACAGCUUCAUCAAGUGAAAAGCCGGUGGCUAAUGAGAAAGAUGUACAAAGGCUACUUAAAUUCCAAUUGCAGCUCAGGGAUCAAUGGAAGGUUCGGCGGCACGACCUUUUCCAGCAAGCACAAUACAACCCUCGCAUCUUGGAGAAAAUCUCGAGGACCGUAGCAGAGGAGCAAAUGGAGCUGAAAAGAAAGAUGAAAUAUACUCCCUCAAAGAAGGUCAACGCCAACACUUAUUUGAAGAUCUGCAUGUUGGAAAGUGUAGCAGACCAGGCAAAUGAGGCGAUUGCUUCUGUUGCAAGGGACUUGAAGGUCCCAAUUGUGCAGGUGCUUCUAGAAGAAUCUAACUAUCCAAAUGGCAGAGCGUAUAGGAGGGCCAAGGCCUUAGCAAAGAAGCUCCCAGGUGAGAAGUCGGAAGGCCUGCGCACCAAUCUUUUGCGCAACGAAGCGCUUAGACAUGCAAAAGCAGAGGCAUCUGCAGAUGCUGCGUACACUAAAGGCCUUGAGCGAAGCGAUGAAGUGAAAGAGAGCUGGGAUCCCGCAGAGGCUGUAGAGAAUCUCAGAGUCGACAGUAGUUCUUCCACUUUAGAAGAAUCGCACGAGACCACUAAGGGAAAAAGCCUUCGAUCCAUUCUAAAGCAAGGUGAUAUAGUGCAGAGGCCUCUCAAGUCUGAGAGCACUGACACUUAUCGCUUUGUGGCCCAAGAGGACAUGGAGCUUGAAUUCGAUUGCUCCUGGAUGUUUUCGAACAUUCCUAAACUAAGGAGCAAAUCGGAUGUCCAUCAGGCAGGACGUCUUUCUUGGGGAAAGAGGGCUACAAAGCUUUUCGCAAAGAACGACGUUCCAAAUGAAAAUCAAGGAUGUAAGCGAAAAGCUUCAGCAGACGCAGAUGCAGAUGCAAGGACUAAAAGCCCUAAACGACCCAGAGAUGACGAGAGUCCAUCUCGGUGGAGGAUAUGGAGAUGGAACACCAUGUCGGAACUGUCUUUCCCUGGUACUGUUGAAACUUGCUCUAUAGUGCUUCUCCUUUGAAACUAUGGCUCGAAGGCUAAAGUCACUGCUGAUGCUGUGCCACCGAUGCUCUUGGUGGUGCUAUUGUUGAUGCAGAUGCUAAAAUCGAUGCUGCUGCAGUAGGGGCUUAUCUUUGGCCAGACAUCCUUCAGCGCCGAUGAAGUGUUUCGUGAUAUUGACUGGCGUGGUGCCAUAAGUGAUGGUACUUUGGUAGGAGAUGUACUAUAGGAGAAGCAAUGGUGCUGUUGAAGAAUGAGGUGGAAGGGACAGUAACAGGAUCAGAGAGGCGUUUUUUACGUCUCCUUCAACAAUGGCGAUGUUUCAACAGUGCCGUAGCAAGUGUCAUUGUGAGAAGAGCAUGCCGAUCAC